AUGGGUUCUCUCAAGCUUCUUCCAGACUCCGGUAUCACUUCCAUGGUGAUGGGGAAUGAUAUAUUUGCAUAUGUACAAACCUAUGAGGGCGACAUCUACCAGUUCGUGGGCAAUGUCGAAAAUUCGUCGGAGUUUUAUGGUUCAAGGAGGAAGUCAAACGUCAUCAUAGAGCGUCUGAAAGGCAAGAAUCCUAGGCCUGACGCUCCUAAGCUAUUUACUCCCAUUGCUGCGGUAUCUUUCACCGAUAAUCUCAACAAGCCGAUGAAUGAACGGUACGUCUUUUAUCUGGACGACAAGAACAUUCUCCAUGACCAAUACGAUCGUGGGAAUGGCGACUACCAACAUGGAACACUGGCUGGGUUGAAGAUCGAAUGCGCUCACUACUCAAGCUUAGCAGCCGUCACUAUCAAAGGCAACGUUGUGAAUCACAUCUGUGUAUUCUACCAAGCCCCCAGCUGGGACGGAGCUGUUAAGAUGGUCAGCUUUGCUGGCAUCCAUCGGACCUGGCAGCAUGGCGCCGCCAACCUCAGAGACCCACCGCUCUACGGCACCUCCCUCACUGCAGUGCCUCCUCGCGCAGAACCUCUCCCGUUGGCAGGCUAUGAUCGCGACGGGAAGCCGGUGGCGUUCUCACCGCACACAAGCCUCACCGCUGUUGACAACGGAACACACCUGCAUCUUAUCUACAAGUCCCACUCUGGCCAAGUGAAGGUAGUUCGCAUCGACCCGAAGGAAGGCCUCCUGCUGCCCGAGCUCUUCUUCCACGACGUUGACGUUGCGCCUAGGAGUGCGAUCGCCGCGUGUAUUGCACCCAACACGGGCACUACCACCUGCAUCGUGCUGUUCUACCAGGCGCUGGACCCGGACUCGCGGAAAGUCCAAAUGGCGGCGAGAGUGGUAUACAAGCCCACCACCGCUGCCACUGGCACCCAAUGGAACGUGUCUGAGAAGGAGGUUCUUGGGGAGUGA